AUGUGGGAGAAAUCAAGAAACAAUUCCAUUUCUGUUGGGGAUCCAACUGAAAACCGUAAAAGAAAACAUGAUUCAACCGAACCAUUAAACCAAACCGAAGUACAAAAACGACCAAAGCGUGACGUGAGACGUCCCUCUUCAUUGCAUGAUUUUUACGUAGAGCCUUCCCGAAAACUAACCCGUAAACGCAAACCCCCUAAAAUUAGAAAAAGUGGAGUUUGCAAGAUCAAUGCAAGUGGUAAUAACUUCAAUGAAGAUAUAUGCGACGUAUGUGGUGGUGGUGAUGGUGAACUAGUUGGUUGCCAUGGUUGCGCUGCAAGAUUCCAUUUGAGUUGCCUUCAAAUCCAAAAUUUACCUUCCGAACUAUGGUACUGUAUCUACUGUUCUUGCAAAUUUUGUGGAGAUGGGGCACACAUUUGCUGGAAUUGUGAUUGGAUAUUGUCAUGUUCCUUAUGUGACGACAGAUUCCAUAAAACGUGCGGAGACAGGAACGGUGCAAAAAUAGAGUCUGAUGAUCUAGCUUUAUGUGGAAAGACAUGUCAUGAGAUUUAUGAGGCUCUUCAGGCCAUACUUGGAGUAAAAAUUGAAGUCGGUGAAGGAUUUUCCGUCAGACUUCUCAAGCACGUUGAUGCGAGCGAGGAUCUUGAAACUGAUGCCAUAAAGAUCAAAUGCAAUAGCAAACUGGCUGUUGCACUUUCGGUUAUGAAGGAAUGUUUCCUUCCGGUUAUUGACCGCAGAACUAGAGUUGACAUGAUCCCUAAUUUGGUAUACAACUGCGGGUCAAACUACAAACCACUGAAUCAUGGUGGUUUCUUCACUGCAGUCAUGGAGAAGGAUGAUGAAGUGAUAUCCGUAGCAUCGAUAAGGGUUCAUGGGAAGAAGCUUGCAGAAAUGCCUUUUAUCGGCACACGUAAAAUCUAUAGGCGGCAAGGAAUGUGUCGCCGCCUACUAAAUUGGGUUCAAUACCCUAAUAAAGUUGUAACAAAGACUGAAAUUCCAGGUUCUCUCUUUUCUUGGUGUCGAGGAGCUGAACAUGAAAUCCAUGAGCAUCGUAGUCCUUCCAGGAACUUAUAUGCUUCAGAAACAUAUUCCCCCAAAACCAGUCCACCAAUAGGAAGCUUGGAAGAGUUACAGGAAAGCUUUGUAAAGCUGUACAAGUUACUUUAUUUCAAGUGGAGACUACACAAUCCAUUCAUGACGGUAAAUAACUGUAUUUUUAUAGAUUUUACCGGUUAUAAAUGAAUCUUUUUAUAAGUUUGAC